AUCGAGACUACAGUCAGCCUCUUCGAACUAGUAUUUAUUAGUAUAAUCCACUGCUGGACGGUCGUCCACCGUGAUUUCUCAUUUCCACCGCCAUCCCCCCGUCAGUGUGCUGUCCAGCUUCCGGCUCAUCACACGCAAAACAGACGGCGUCAAUGCAUCUUCUCGCCCUCCUGACCGGGAUCAUCCUCCUGCAUGCGGUCAAUGGCAGCCCCCAGCCCAGCGCCCCGUCACCGACGGGGUCCUCGUCCUUCUCCAAGACGACCAAAUACCCGCUCCCCAACCUAGGGAACGUGGCCGUCCACGACCCCAACAUCCUGCGCCACGAGGGGGCCUACUGGCUCUUCAAGGGCGGAGUGCACCUCCCCAUGUACACGUCCGAGUCCCUGGACGGGCCCUGGACGCCGCUCGGCACCGUCCUCGACGGGCCCAGCGCAAUCCCGAAACAGAACCGCAGUCGCCCCUGGGCGCCGACCGUCGUCGCGUGGAACGCCACCUUCUACUGCUUCUACUCGAUCAGCAAGGCCGGCAGUCGCAACAGCGCCGUCGGGGUCGCGACCGCCACCCAUCUCGAGGCCGGCAGCUGGUCCGACCACGGGGCCCUCAUCAACACGGGCCAGGGCAACGGCUCCGAGAUCUACCCGUACACGGUCUCGAACGCCAUCGACCCCGCCUUCAUCACGGACCAGUCCACGGGCCAGCCGUACCUGCUGUACGGGAGCUACUGGCACGGGAUCUACCUGGUGCCCCUGGCCGCGGACCUGCUCUCGGUCGUCCAGGAGGAGCCGGAGCGCCAGAAUGCGACGGCGAAUCUGGUUUACGUGCCCGAUGAGCAGGUGAAGCCGGUCGAGGGGUCGUUUAUGAGCUACCGGGACCCCUAUUAUUAUGCUUGGUUCAGUCAUGGCAAGUGCUGUGGAUUCCAGAAUGGUUUUCCUGCCGUGGGGAAGGAGUAUAGCAUUCGGGUGGGACGGUCGAAGGAUGUCCAGGGCCCGUUUGUGGAUAAGGAUGGCCGGCAGUUGACAGACGGCGGCGGGACGGUGGUUUAUGGCUCGAACCAUGGGACUGUGUAUGCGCCUGGAGGCGUCGGGAUUCUGUCUGGCGCCGAUGGGGAGUCCGAUGUUCUGUACUAUCAUUACCUCAAUACCUCGAUUGGCUUCUCGGAUACCGAUGCGCAGCUGGGAUGGAACUACCUUGACUACAAGGACGGGUGGCCAGUCGCGGUUUCUGGCGACAACAGCACCGGACCAAGCGAAAGCAGCGGAGUCGCGUUUGGACCCGACUAUACGCUGCAUGUUUUCUCAUUCAUUUUCGUUUGGGGAUACCUCUGGCUACAUAGCUGACAGCUAUGCUGUGCAGGAGUUGGAGAAUCUGCUUCUCAGCACCCACGUUAACGAGACGGACGAUAUAACACGAUGAUCCAUUUGAUUAGACUUGGGGCCUGGUGUCUCAUAUGCACGUUGUUUACUGGAGUCGGACUUCCUGUACA